AUGGAGACUAAUCCUACCAAAAAACCAAAAAUUUCUAACCUUCAAACCUCAUUCUCUAAGGGCAUUGACAGAAUUGGAGAACUCCCGGAUGUUCUCCUUCAUCAAAUUCUAUCUUUCCUACCAACAAAACAGGUAGUGCAAACUAGCAUUCUUUCAAAAAGAUGGAUUCACCUGUGGAAAUUUAUCAAUACCCUCAACCUUGACGUCAAUGACUUUUCUACCACUAAAAGCUUUAAAGUAUUCAUACACAACUUACUCAACCUUCGUAAUAUUGAAUCAAACAUUCUAGCACUCCGUAUGUCCUGGCCCUGGAUAUCCAGCAGAGAUAUCGAUGCGAUUAUGUGUUACGCAUCUUAUCAUAAGGUUGAAUCAAUGGCGAUUGAUUGUUGGAGGCCUUUUCCUUUGUUCAAUAACCCUUCUCUUGGAUGUUCUUUAAGGAUUUUGAAAUUGAAGAGGGGAUGGCUCGGAGGGAAAAUAGACCUUCUAACUUUUCAAAAUUUGCAUACUAUACAUAUUUAUGAUACUUGGGUACAAGCCCCUUUGGAGAGUCUCAUUGAUAAUUGUCCUUCACUAGAAGAAUUGUUUUUGAAGAGCUCUUCUUUUGUUUCUCUUAGAACUCAUAGCAAUAAGAUGAGCAAGCUAAGUAUACAUGAUUGUUCUUCACAUGAUGAGAAGAUAGAGAUAUCGUGCCCGAGUCUAAUUUCUUUGAGCUAUGGGAAUACUCCAAGCAUGAAGUGUUCUUUGGAGAAUUUGUGGUCACUGGAUAAUGCAUAUUUUAGCUGGUUUGAUCACAAGGGAGUGAAGUUUCUAAACGGGCUUUGCAGGGUGAAGGUUCUAGUAUUGGACUGCUUGCAUCUUGAGUCAAUAUAUAAAGAAGCCCUUAAUGGAUCACUGCCUGUGUUCCACAAUUUGAAGUCCUUGACAACAAAGUCAUGUCCUGUAUCAACAAAGAUCCAUGCACAAGCAAUCACUUACCUACUUCUCAAUUCCCCAGCUUUGGAAACUCUCAUCAUUGAACACUCGACAUAUUAUCUUGGAAAGUGCAAUCUUUCGAAUACAAAAGGAGGAGGUUGGCCACCCAAAGGAUUUGAUGUUGAGUGUUUUUCCUGCUUGAAGGUUGUGGAAUUUAGAAAGUUUGGAUCAUCAACAGCAGAGAUUGAAUUGCUGAAGUUUAUAUCUCAAAAUGCAAGGGAUUUAGAGAGAAUAACAAUUGCUCCAAAUAAAAAAGUGAACAAGUAAGGUAAUGAUAUGAAUGGUUUUCUCACUUGAGGUGUUCAAAAGGAUGUAGACAAUGUGAAGGAGAUUUUGAUUUUA